UGAAAAUAUAAACGUCACUUGAGACAGGUUAUUUAAAGUUUUUCAGUUCAAAGUAUUAAUACAUUUAUUGACAAUGGCAAAACCGAAGAAGAAUAAGAAAAGCAAAAUUUUGAUAACAGAAAAGAGCAAUAUUUCUGUGGGAUCUGAACUUGAAGCAGAGAUUAAUGAAAAAACUCCAAUUAUUACGGAAGCAAAUAAAAAUACUUUUCUAAGCCCUCCAAGGAAGUUUAUGCCAACUUUACCAGACUGUUUUAAAAGUUUGAUAAAUCGACCCAUAGAAUUGGAAAACGAGGAACCUCUUCGAGUAAUUGAGAUCUUGGGUGAAAAUUUGGGAAUUUCGGAUUAUAAGAGCAAUAUAGCAGCUUUUUGGUUCUUGGAUACUCUAGCCUUACAAGUUUUAAAAUACUGCAUCAAUUUUGACGGACAAAAUCGAAGCAUUUUCGUCAGUUGGCUUGCUGGUGCUAUGAAGAUCAUCCAAGAAAAAAAUCCUUCGCGAGAAGAUUUUUUCAGCGAGAUGAAUGAAUUGUUUUGCAGCACGGCUGUAAAAUUAGUUUCUAGCGAACCUUUACUUCAUUGGGAAAUUCUGUUUCCCAAAAAAAAUCAGGAAAAUGCAGAUGAAGGAAUAGAGGAAAUACUAAAACAACGGAAUACAAAAAAAACUACCCGACGUAGAAAAGAAUUUAAUGCGCAAAAGGAGGUAAGAAUUGAUCCUGAAGUACCCAAAGAGGCUGAAGAAAUUCAAGACAAAAAUUCACCUGAUAUUUUAAGAACUGAUCCGUAUGAUGUUCUGAAUUCUAUUGUUAAAUCUACUUUUGAAAUGUAUGGUAGUAUAUCGAGAUAUGCAUUAAUUCAAGCAGCUUUUGUUGAUCCAGUAGAAAUUCAUUCUUAUGUUUUACCAUACAAUUUAAAAGAACCACGUAAAAUAAAACAGUCUGAAUUCGACAAUAACAUUCACACUGCUAUAGAAACAAAUUUAAAUGGAUCAAAAACUAAAGGUACAAAAGAAAAAACAAAAUCAGGAAAAUCCGGAAAGAAAAAAAAUUUGGAUGUAAUUCUAUCUCCUCCACCUCCGUCAAUGAUAGAUGAAGAAAUACUUUUAAGAAAAAGAGAAUACAUUCUUCCAUUAAUUGAAUCUUAUGACGCUCAAGAAAUUCUUCGAUCUAAUAAUAAUUAGAAUUGUCUACAAUUUUA